GACAAAGAUGGAUUUCUCCGACUUUGGUUACAUUGUGAGCUCCUGUCCCCUUAACAAGACAGAGUACACAACCUCCGCUACCAGACUGGGGUGUGGUGUGGACGAGAAUGGGCGGAGUCAGUACGUCUGUGUUCCUAAUAACGAGAGGUCAAGUCUGGUGGAAUUCUGUUAUCAGUCAACAGUUGGCUUUUAUGAAAAAGGAAAUUGUAUAGAGGUCCAUGAAAGCGGGAAUUUGGAUCAAACUAGCAGUAUGAAUUUUACGUAUGGAUGUCCUUCACAGCACUUCUUUCUCUCCGACAUCUAUAAAU